ACCUCCGGGCAAAAUAUGUCGCAUCAUCAGCAGGUCCUCUCGGAAUCGACGGCCCUUCGCCUGAUCAAUGGGAUGGUGGCCACCGGCAGUGCCACGCCCCCGGCCGUUCAGCCGCCUUCGACGGGACCGGCGGACGUUAGUUGUUUGCCGGAAAUCGGGGCCACCAACCGGGGCACUCCCACUGCCUCAAUGGCCGCCCUGGAAAUAUCGUCGGCUCGUCAGAGGAUGUUGCCACCCAUAACUAGGCGUCCCUCGCAGGAGAGCGUCCACUCGGCGAACGAGAAUGGCAACUCGUGCCGCAUUUGCCGCUGGAAUCGCAGCGAUAUGGAGAUCAUCAAGUGUCCCUGCAAUUGCAAGGGCAGCGUGGGAUUCAUCCACCUGAAGUGCCUGAAGCGCUGGAUUAUGCACAGGCGGGAUAAUCGCUGCGAGAUCUGCAAUGCGGUCUUCGACAUCUCGGAGGAGCGGGUCAGCCUGAAGCAGAUGAUGCGAACCUUUUGCUGCGGUCGCUGUUGCGGCCUGAUCGUAAAGCACCUGCUGUUUAGCGCCUCACUGAUGCCACUGGCCCACAUCAUUUUGCAGCAGGUUCUGCAGUGCAUGGAUAAUCUCAACCAGGGCAGCACCGAGCAGCUCACCGUCCAGGAGGUGUUCGUCGCCUCCUGCGCCCUUUUGACCUCCAGCGCCCUUUUCUUUCACUUCUUCGAGUUCGUCACCACGCGCUGCCUGCUCAUCCGGAACAUCCUGCGCCACUGGUGGAUGUUCGGCAGCACCUCCGACUUUGCCCUGGUGGAGAUCGAGGACGACUCCAUCGAUCUCUUUUGAUCAGGAUAAUAAAAAGAUGUUAAAAAGGCUGCGAGCGAAAGGGGUGAACGGUGCAAUUUUCCACCGACCAACAGACAUCUUCGAUGAUUUCACUAAGAUCUGAUCUAGUUAGAACAAAUUUUAAUUU